CAUUUAUCAAUAUUUUAUAUAAUAAAGAUGAAAAUUCUAUGAGGUAAGCACUAUUUAGUUUUAAUUGCAUUCUUCAACUUGUUUGACUUAGAUUUAAAUCAGUUUUCCAGGACUUUAAAAGGUCGAAAUUUUUAGAAAAUUCUGUAAAAUUUCAGGAAUGUUCCUAAUGACACUAAAAAUAGCCUAAUUUGGUAUACUAUUGUUAUAAUUUUAGUUGGAAAGCCACCAAAACAAAAAUUCGUACAAGAGAAAACUUUCAAAGCAAAAAUAAUAAAAAUAUUUCUGAUGCUCUUGAUGAGUUUGAACUUCUCGUACGCAAUCAUUGGAGAAGAGACAAUCAAUAGAAACGCUCAUGAAGUUCUCAACCCCUUCCUCGUCUUUGGGUUCAAGAAAGGGGGCUUUUUGAGAGGUACAAUCCGAUAUAUUAAAGAAGACGUUCCUAUCGAGCUCUUUGUCUGAAAAUAAAGAGAAAAUCACAGAUAUUUACACCGAACAGAUGCAGGUGGAAGAAGUCUUCGAUAUUUUCAAUAAACAUAACACAGUCAAUAGGUUAACCAACAAUUGAGCUGAAGCAUCAGAAAAGCUAAGGGAAAGAUGCUCUUAUUUUUCUAUCUAUGAUGAUUUGCAAAACUACAAUGUCUUUGUUAAUACAAAUAAGAGACUGCUUAGUUAUAACAUCGAUACUGCAAAGGAAGGACCAGUUAUUAAUAGGACUCAAGAUAUCCCUAACUGGGUCUAUCUUUAUGAAGAUUUUGAGAGAUUAGUGCAAGUUCAGUAUGAAAUCAAAGACAGUGGAUUCUAUCUCUUCUUCGCUACUAAUUGCAAAGAAUCAUCUACUGACAUCUCGCUUACUUAUAAAGCUUUAAAUCCAGGAAAGGAGCAUCUUUCUGUAGACUUAAUCCCAAACAAAUUGACUUACUUGAUCUUUUUCAUCACAUGGAUUAUAGUAUCGGCGAUCAGCUGUCUGAUGAUAAGCUACAGAAUCUUUAAAAAGCAGAAUCUGAGCUAUCUAUCUAUUCUGAUCCUAUGUUCUUAUUUUAUGAUAACUUGCUACCUUAUCCUUCGAUAUGUUUAUUGGGCACUUAUCUCUUGGCUUGGGAAAGUGAGUAUCUACUUUGAAGGAUCUCUAAUUUUGCUGGAAGUCUUAAUUAUGUUGGUAUACCUGAUUAUCAUUAACCUUGUAGCCAAUGGAUACAAAAUCGUAACAGAUUCGUUCAGCUGGGGAAGGUUUACCAAAAAUCUGGUCAUUAUGCUUCUGAUUGUAUUUACGUCAUUCUUUGUUCAAUUUCAGAAUUUGUUCUUAAUGAUAUUCCUUGUAGCUGAGGUAAUAGUAAUGGUGAUAUUUCUUUAUGUUGAUAUAAAAUCCUGAAUAUCGAAACUCACUCAGAUAAACGAAGAAUUGAACCCAAUCUUCGUUGAAGAAAGGGAGGCGAGGGAUUCAAAUGACUUUAAAAUCAAAUACUACAAAUCAUUCAUAAUUUACUUAAUAAUUUAUUUCUCCAUGGAGGAAACAGUCCUGUGUUUGAGGCCGUUUCUUGCUCCAUAUCAUGAAUGGAUCUUUGCAUUAGUACAGCAAAUUAUUAACUUAGUGAGCAUGACGUUUCUGUUCGUCACACUAACUUAUUCGAUAGAGUUCAUUAAGUUUGAAGGGAUACAAGAUGGAGCUCGGGUGGCUCCAAAUCCAUAUUUCAAGAAUCGAAUUUUAAAAAUAUGCGGUGAAAUUAUCGCCAUUAAAUCUGUUGAUGAACAUGGUAAUUUCAGCAUAAAUCUUGGCAUUGAGUCCAACCAAGGUAUUAUGCUUAAAAAUUCAGGGAAGAAUUAUAUCUCUGAACGAGCCAGAGUUUAUCAAACAGCGUUCAACAGAGCUUCGCUUUGAAUUGACAAUAGCGUAAGUCUAAUGCACUCCAACCGAAAUUUCGCCUGAGAUGCUGGAGAGAAACAUAACAUCUGAAGCAUGAUCCAGAACAUCCACGAGGAAGAUAAAGAAGAGAGGAAAAUAAGAGAUGAUCUUACCGACCCUGAAAAGGGAGAAAAUAUUGAAAAAGUUGCACUAACGGAGUAUCUAGACCUUGAUUCCAAUCUAUUUGAAUCCCAGGACGUUAGAGACUUUAGAAACUGCAGAGCUCCCAAGAUAGCCAAGCCAUCUUGAUCAAAGAAAGAGGGAUCAUUCCCAUGGAUGAACUUGAAACAAAAGAGUGUUUUGAGACGCCAAUCAAUAUCUUGUGCUAGAUCCCAAGACACUGAAAGUAAUAAAAGAAGCCAUCACCAAGAUCAUCAUUUUUCAAAUGAUGAAGAAUCUUAAGCCUUAAUUAUUAGCCCACAAGCUAGUUUUUAUUUAAUAGUCCUUUUUAAUGCCUAAUUGUUUCUUCCUAUAGUGAAAUUCUCUAUCUCAAAGGGUGAACAGGUUCCUCCACAUGGGGAACUUUAGAAAAUAUCUUUCUAAUGCACGCACCAGUAGUCCCAUUCUAUUUCUGCUGUAAAAUCCAAUUUCUUAUUAUUCGUGUUUAAUCAAAAACCAGCAGUUCUGAUGAGGAUUUUACCAACAGAAAUCGGGAGAUUCCAAAAGUAAUCUUCCCUCUAACCCCCUAAGGAGAAUGUCCAACCCAUAGGUCCUUAGACUACUUUAUCAUGCCGGUGUACACACUGGUGAUUAUUUUCAGCUAC